UAAACUUCAACUAUCGUGAAGCCUAUCCUCCGUCAUUUGUGCAUAAACAAACCUGUCUUACAUCAUAAUUGUAUCUGUUGAGCGACACACAGAUAAGCAUGGAGGCGGUCGUGCGCGAGCUCCAGAGCGACGCGCAGUUGGGCGUGUUCUUGAGUCCGGAAUGCAACGUCAGCGCCAUCGCCAGCUCUGUCGUGGCGCGCGACUCGGCCUCGCGGGACGUCAGCGGCACCUCUCGCCUCCGCGCCAGCUCCUCGACCGGUUUCACGGCGGCUGAUGAUCUAGAUGAACCCAGCCAAUCGGAGCAGUUCGUGGAACGUCUAGAUGGCGCUGUGCAACGCAUUGAUCGGGUUAUCUCGGAGCAUAUUGGCGAGCACCACGCCACGCUGCUGGACCAGGUGGGCUCCGUGGAUGAGCUGCAAGGCCACGUGACGUCGGUUCAGAGCUCGGCGGGGCAGCUCAAGCAGUCAGUGCACUCGCUUCAGGCGUUGGUGCGAGAGCUGCACGAGAACCUGCGCGACACUAUCCAGCGCUACCGCAACGUGGAGCAGUGCGGAGACAUUGUGCGGCGCGUUCUGCGCUUCCAGCAGCUUUCGGACCGUGUGUUGGGGUCCGAGCUAAACCAUGUUGAUAAGACGUCGACGGGAGCCGUUGUGGAGAAUGGGAGUGGGCUUUCGGGUGAUGCGAGACAGAGCGAGAUGGCGUCGGUGGCACUCGCAAUUCGAGAAAUGGAAUUGCUGGUACAAGAUGAGAGUUUUGAAGAGCUGAGUGUUGUUUGCGCAAAACUGCCAGCUACACGCAAACUUAGUACGAACUUGAAGCGCGAGGUGCGUGCUACAUUGCGUUCUGGUAUCCAGAACUUGAGCCAGGCGAACGUGGGUGACGCUCUUCAGAUCCUCUUUUACUUGGGAGAUUUAGCUACGAUAGCUCAAGCCUCAGUGAACGAUGUGAUUCAGGAAGUGGAGCGGAAGUGCAGUGCUGCUAUCGCAGAGGAGAAGCUUGUGCGCUCCGGCAGUAGCGGCUCCAACGGCUUGGAUACAAGUAAUGGGCCGUCAGCUAGCAUCAUCCAGAAAUCCGACGUGUGGAAAGCUCUCCAAGAUGUUUUUGAUGUCAUCCGCGUACAUGCUAUGCAAGUAUGGAAUCUGCAACGCGUGCUAUUGAAGAUGGUCGACCCGGCUUCAAGCAAAAAGUAUCUAGAUCUGGUGCUGGAGCCGGAUGAGCCAUCUCUCUUUGCUACGUUCUGGGAGGUCACUUGUGCAAUUGUACGGGAACUAUUCGCGUCCACUCUUGGUUACAGCACAUCUGUCAAAUCAGUACUGAUUGCGGAGUAUCCACGAAUGCGCGAGCAAGCCACACGUGUUCUAAACGAACUGUUCGUCUCGACGAAGCAGAGUGCUGGUACAGAGUUUCUGGCCGACUCAGCGACUGAAAAUAAGGUUGACACAAAGGAUGGCUCAGUGAAGCGAGAAUUGGUGCCAAUAGCAGGAUCCCCGGCCGAGCGUACACAGCUACUGGACUCAAUGGCACCACUAUAUGAUGCCUUUAUCGAUCGAGCGUACCGCCGGAUGUCGAACCCAAUUCAACUCAUGUUCCCUCAGAGCUCAAACUUCCACGCAUCGCCACCUGGCCGAAGUGACAUGCAAACCCUGUCACGCACAAUUUUCUCAGAGCUGGAGCACGCUGGCCAAGAUCUCGUGUUGCUGGAUGGUACACUUCAGCAAGUGCGAAAGGCAGUAAACCUCUUCUGCUCAAACGUGAAAAGAAUUAUGCAUCAAGGCAAGGCGGCUGCCGCAACAAUGUCGUCUUUCGGACGGACGCCUGCACAGGCUCAUAAUGUUGGGCUCAUGAAUGUGCUGAGCUUGCUGGACGAUGCAGUUGAGGAGGUUAUGAACCGCAUUGAAACAGCAGCAGCUCCCAAUGGUACCCAAACAGGAACGUCGACACACAUGUCGUCUGCCGCUGAUCCCGUUGCAACUGGAGUGAUGUCAUCCAAAGAAGCUAAAGAGUUGUGCACGAAAAAUCUGUCCCCAUGCCGUGAGAUGAUUGGAGACCUGAAAUACGCCUUGCUGGGCUUCUACCUGCAGGCACUCGCAGUGUUGUUGGAAAGUAUUUUCGCGAAAAUGCACGAUGAGUCCUUCGGUGAUCAAAGCGCGACGGCCAGAGUGGCCACAUCAGGGGGUGCACCGCGAAGUAGCGGUGGAGGUCGUUCAUCGCAAGGCACAAGUGGGUCGAAGUACAUGCAGGAGUUCAGCAACGCUUUCACGAUUAUCCUGGAGGAGCACCUUCGCCGCCUUCCUAUUGCUGUGUUUGCUACCAAAUGUCUGGCGGAUUUUGUAGAGCGGCUCAUCUCGGUAUUUAUCCGACACGCAUCGCUGCUAAGACCGUUAACUGAGAACGGUAAACUGCGUCUCGCGAACGACAUGGCACAGUUAGAGCUAAGACUAGAGCACAUUGUGCCCCUGAGGAAUAUCGGGACGGCCUACGAGGAGCUACGAGCAUUCCGUCACAUGAUCUUCCUUGAUAACAGUGAGAUUCUUCGGGAUACCACAAUCGACAAGAUUCGUCCGAGUAAUGUCUGGCAUCACCUCACCUCUCGCGCUCCACCUGAGCUUCAACUUCCGCACCAAAUGAAACACUGGACGGCUUCCAAGUAUAUUGAGUGGCUAGAUACUCGUGCAGCUAUCGGCCAGUCUUCAUCGCCGUCUACGACCCCUCCACCUUCAAGCGGCAAGUCAUCUGCUCUAUCACUAUCUUGGAAGGAGCUACCGCUCGGUUACCCGUGCUUGAAAGAUCGCCGGCUUAGCUUGCAAGCUGAAAAGCAGGCUUGGAAAGAAAUGACCAAAUGUCUGGACGCGUAUUCCCUACGCGUGAGUGCAUCAGCGAAUGCCGAGUUGAGUCCGAUUUAUGACUUAUUGCAGGAGUCUAGUGCCAUACUGUUGGCAGGCUACGAAGUGAUGAUUUCUCGGUAACUGCAAUCAAUAGAACGAGUACCGAGUACGGUUUUGAUCAGCAUGGUGCUUGAUUUCUCUUACUAAAGUAGUGAUGGC